AUGGACUCCCUCGUGAAUCCACCAGAGGCCACCAGCGGCCUGCAGAGGCUGGCAAUUGCCAUCAUAUUCGUCUUCGCAGCGCUCGCGCUCGUCAUCAUCGUGCUCAGGGCCGUCGGGAGGAUAAGAACACGCCAAUUCGGGCUCGACGACUGGCUAAUAUCGGUCGCCAUGUUCCUUUCGGUAUUGGAGACCAUCUUCAGCUACUUUUUCAUCAAAACCAACUACGUGGGAAUACGUCCAGAGAAUGUACCGCCGCACGACCCGGUGGCAGGCGAGGUGUGGAAUUACUUGGUGCAGGUGUUCUACAACCCGAUCCUGGCCCUGGCAAAGUCGUCGGUGCUCAUCUUCCUGCUGCGGCUGUUUGGGCAGCAGAACGGGACGCGGCGGCUGAUACACUGGCUCAACGCGGUCAACCUGCUGCACAUGGCGGCGUCGCUGGGGGCCAUCACGUUCCAGUGCACGCCCGUGUCGCUCGCGUGGAACCCGGGCAGCAGCAGCAGCAGGGGCGGGCGGUGCGUCGACCGGGCGGUGCUCUUCACGGCCAUGGCGACCUUCAACAUAGCCACGGACCUGGUGGUGCUGGGCCUGCCGCUGUGGAUCCUGUCGGGGCUCCAGAUCCCGCGGCGGACCAAGCUGGCGCUGCUGGGCGUGUUCCUGCUCGGCUUCCUCGUCACCAUCACGUCCGUCGCCCGGCUGGUGAUCCUAGUGCGCGGCCUGUUCGGGCUGUCGGCCGCCGGGCGCACGGGCGACAUCGGUUUCGUGACGUCGGCCAUCGAGACGAACCUGGCGCUCGUCACGGCGUCGGCCCCGGCUCUGCGGCCGCUGCUUCGAGGCAGGGGCCGGGGUCGGGGCGGGUGGCUACCCAUGGCCGGGCGGGCAGCCGACGUGGAAAUGGGACAGCCAACCACGGCAACGCAAGGCGGCAGGGGAGGGCGCGGAGUAGGGAGGCCGGUGGUUGUGGUGGUGAGGGAGCCUCAGGGGUCUCGGGGGGAGAAGGAGCAGCAAACGAUGACGAGCAACAGCAACAGCAACAGCAACAGCAACGCUAGUGGCGGCGGCGGGGACAGCACGAUGCGGGUCAGUGACGUGCAGCGCGAGAUCGACCGACUGGUCAAGGAAAUGGAGCUGGCGCGAGCAGCGCUUGGCAGCAGCGGCGGCGCUGGGAGGGGCACAGGCGGACCUGGGGCGGCGCCUAUGAUGGGCGGCGCCGUCGGGGAGCAGCGGCGGCAGCAACAGACGAAGCGACAGCAGCCCCGGCGCAACUACGCCGAGGAGCGCAUGUCUCGCUAUGGAGAUCGCCGCUUCGGGCUUGUCCACGCCUCGCCGGCGAUGCCAGGACCGGACAAGGCGAGCGGGCCACGCUUCUUCUGAGCGAGCGGGCAGGCUGUCGGGAUUCUUGUCGAUAUGCGGGUGUUUCUUUCCUUGUCCUUCCUGUCUCCUUUUUUGCUCAUCCCUAGUCAAUAUCCAAGGUUACACGACAGGCGUCUCGGCUUCCC